GAUCAAGGAGGGUUGAUGUCAAAAGAAUCAGGAGCAAGGAUGGAGACAAGGAAUGAGACAAUGGUCCUGGAGUUUGUGCUGGAGGGGUUCCAUGUGGCUCAGCACCUGGGCAAACUCCUCUUCCUGGUGCACCUACUGGUAUAUCUGGCCUCAGUCAUGGGAAACACACUCAUAAUCGUCAUCACCUGGACUGAUCCUCGCCUGCAGACCCCUAUGUACUUCUUCCUCAGAAGUUUCUCCUUCUGUGAAUGCUGUUUCAUCUCCACUGUAAUUCCCAAACUGCUGUCUAUCUUUCUUUUUGGAGACAGAGCAAUUCAUUUCACUCCUUGUAUUAUACAAGCUUUUUUCUUUUUGUUUCUUGGGUCAACUAUUUUCUUCCACAUGGCUGUGAUGUCCUUGGAUCGCUACCUGGCCAUUUGCAGGCCUCUGCACUACCCAACCAUCAUGAACCCCAGGGUCUGCCUCCUUCUGGUUUUCUUCAGCUAUGUGCUUUCCUUCGUCCUAAUAACUGGUGUCAUUCUGAAGCUGUCCUGGUUGUCUUUCUGUGGCUCCAAUGUCAUCCCCCAUUUCUUCUGUGACCUUGGCUCCUUAAUUCAUCUCUCCUGUUCCGAUACCAAAUCUCUUGAUAGAAUGGCUUUUGGUGUCGCUUUGCUUGUCCUUUUCACAUCUGUCAUCACAGCUGUAUUUGCAUAUAGCAACAUACUAAUCUCAAUCAUGCGUCUCCCAUCAGCCAAGGAGAGACAGAAGGCUUUCUCCACCUGCUCCUCCCACCUCAUCGUCCUCUCGCUGAUGUAUGGCAGCUGUGUGUUUAUAUACGUGAAACCAAAGCAAACAAGUAGGCUAGAAUCCAACAGAGAGGCUGCUCUUGUGAACACAGUGGUGACACCACUUCUGAACCCUGUCAUCUACACCCUGCGCAAUAAGCAGGUCCACCUGGCUCUGAGGGAUGCACUGUCCAGAGUGAACUUUCAGAAAUAGUACCACCUGCUUCAGAA